UCAGUGCAGUGGGGUUGAUGAUCGGAUUUUCGUCUCGUUCUCUGUGUUGUUGUUCUCGGUGACGCGACGGAGGUGUAGCCUGACGCGGUCUCUUACGUGUCGGCCUGAAUAAAAGUGGAGCUCCGAGGGCUCGAGAGUGACGGAGGGAGUCUGUAUCGAUUUCUGCAGUAGCAGAGAGUGAAGACUUACCAGAGUCAGUGGACGGUGUGAAGAUUUUGUCUGGGUUUCCCUCUUAGAUCAGCUAACUCAAUGACCAUGGAGUCGGGAGCCGAUGCCCAGCAGGGUGCAGACACUGCAGUCUCUGAAACUGAGAACCAACAGAUCACACAGGCCCAGAUCGCCACUCUUGCACAGGUAACAAUGGCUGCCGGACACGGUAGUGCCUCAGCGCCCACAGUCACCCUGGUGCAGCUGCCCAAUGGUCAGACAGUGCAGGUACACGGAGUGAUUCAGGCUGCUCAACCUUCAGUCAUUCAGUCCCCACAGGUGCAGACGGUCCAGAUUUCCACAGUAGCGGAGAGUGAGGACUCACAGGAGUCAGUGGACAGUGUGACGGACUCCCGAAAACGAAGAGAGAUUCUUUCUAGACGCCCCUCAUAUAGGAAAAUCCUGAAUGACCUAUCAUCAGACGCUCCGGGAGUUCCAAGGAUUGAAGAGGAGAAAUCUGAGGAGGACACUGCGCCUGCCAUCACUACAGUUACUGUGCCAACCCCGAUAUAUCAGACCAGCAGCGGCCAGUACAUCGCCAUUACACAGGGUGGAGCCAUUCAGCUUGCGAAUAAUGGUACAGACGGAGUGCAGGGACUGCAGACUCUCACCAUGACCAAUGCAGCAGCAGCCCAGCCGGGGACCACCAUCCUGCAGUACGCCCAGACCAGUGACGGUCAACAAAUACUGGUGCCAAGCAAUCAAGUGGUGGUACAAGCUGCUUCUGGGGAUGUUCAGACCUAUCAAAUUCGUACUGCCCAAACCAGCACUAUUGCUCCAGGUGUGGUGAUGGCAUCCUCUCCGGCUCUGCCAAGUCAGGGAGUUCCUGAAGAGGCCACGCGCAAGAGGGAGGUCCGCCUCAUGAAGAACAGAGAGGCUGCUCGCGAGUGCCGUCGAAAGAAAAAGGAAUAUGUCAAGUGUCUGGAGAACCGUGUGGCCGUUUUGGAGAACCAGAACAAAACUCUCAUCGAGGAACUCAAAGCACUCAAAGACCUGUACUGUCACAAAUCAGAGUGACGUACCACCCGUUCUCCCUUCGUUCUAGCAGACUUACGUGUACAGAGACUAAAGGGCAAGUCAGCCAGACACGGAAGCAUGUUUUCUAAAUGUUUUCUUAUUUUAAAUUGCUACAGACUGCCUGUAUGAACACACAAGCACAUGAGGGAACUGAACAGAAGUCCCCGGUCAACACCAAUCUCCUCUAGAAAUAUUGGAUCAUGCAUUUAAAAGACAAAAACAAGCAACAAAAAAAAAAAAAAAUGCUGAGAACUUUAUGGUGGAUGUAAACACAAAAGUACUUUCUCAGGCAUCUUUACUCCUGGACUCAAACGGAAACUCAGAAGAGGGAUUUGUGGGAAAACGUUUACCUUUUUUCUGUGUUGGUGUAUAAUAUGUCCCUAACUUUUUAAAAAAAGAUACAAAUAAUGUACAAUAAUAAUAAGUAGACGGAGAUUAAUAGCAUGGUAGGCAUCGAGAAAGAUUUGGUCUUGGAGUUGGCAUCAUUCCCUCUUGAGAUUCUAAAGGUUUAACGUGUCUGACUGUUACUUUUAUUUGCGUUUAGUGCUCUUGUGUUUUAAGUUGACAUUUACACCUUUAAAUAUGAACAAACUAUAUAAAAUUAUGAAUAUUGAUUUACAGAAUCUAUGCCAUUUAUAAACCGAUAUAUUGUGUAUCAUAUUCAGAACAAGAUUAUAGUCCAUGAAUAUUUCGAUUUUGACAUUUUGCUCAUUUAGGAUGGCAAUUUUUUUUACCUAAAUCAUUUCAAUUUCAUAAAAUACUGCCAUUGCAGUAGGAACAGUUGCACAUACACAAUAUAAAAGGUUAUUUUAUUGCAGACAUUUGGUCACUUAUACACCAAAAUCCACAUUACAAUGUCAGGAAUUUGGUAUAUUUUCCAGGUUGAAACGUUUCUUCCCAUUUAUGUUGAUCAUAUUCAGCAGAUCACUUGUGUGUUAUGCUUCUAGAUCAUAGAGCUAUGAUUGGAUGACAUACGGUCCAAUACAUUCUGUCGCUGGCAUUAUAAACUAAAAGCAUGUUUUAUAAAUAUUACAUUAGCUUUGAUAUCGUUAUAUGGUCAGUUUUUCAUUUCAACACUAACAACUGGGACGCAGUGUCUUUGUAUUUGAUCAUGUGAUAACAUAAGUAAAGAGUACAUGUUAUCUGUUAUUGCAUAUGCAUUUUUGGCAGCUAUUUCAAAUAUAUAUUAAGAUUUCUCUUGAUUGCAUUUUUCCUUUGUCCACAUGGAGUUGCUUUCAAGAAACAACUGGACAGCUGGAAACUUAUUACAGUUUGCCUUCGACAACACAAGUUGUAUUUUGUUUACAAAGUUGCUUCUGUUGAAAGUUGAUGAAUAAUUAUAAAAAAACAAAAAAACAAAAAACAAAAGUCAGUUAAAUUGAUUGCAUCGAGGACAGAAAGUUUUAAAUGAGAUGUUAACAGACUAUGAAUUAAAAAUGCCCAUCAACAAAUCCAGUCUGUACGGAAAUGUACCCGUGUCAUCUGUUAGCAAGUGCAUCAUCUGCUGCGACUCCUAAACUUCAAACCGACAGCCUGACGUGUCAUUCAUGCAUUCAGGCGUGACAAAUUGGGGAAGCAAUCUCUCCACAGCAGGCGCUUGUGGUCCAGAUCUGCAGUUUAACUGCUUAUGCAACCUGAUUUCCCUCACAAAACCAAUUAUGUUCUGACACAAGACUCUGAAUUGGUACAUCGGAGGACAGACUGACCUCAGCUUUCAGAGAAAUGCAAAUUCUGUCUGUUUUCAGUGAUUGAAUCUUUAUUCGUUUUCUGAACCGGUAGUAACUUUUUUUCCACUUGUAUGUACCCCAUAUGCAAUAAGAUUGACCUACUAUCAUGCUGGCCAAAGUGAACUCUGAAAUAUGCUACUAUGUGUGUUUGUCUCCAUGCAUACAAAAAAAAGAAGAAAAAAACAAUCAGUCUGAAGCAAUGUUUGAUCUCAUUCAUUUUGGACAAACACAUCAUGCACUUUUUGUAUGAUAGCUUUAACUUUUUGGACAUGAUGUACAGCACUGGUAGGAUUUUAUAGUGUUUAGAAGUGUAUUAUAUAUACACUCUGUGACUUGGCUUACAUUUUUAGAUGCUUUGCACUCAAUUACUGUUACAAUACAAUUGUGUAUACUUGUUGUUCCCCCCACCUCUCUUUUGUACACAAAUGUAAAUCUUUAAUAAAAUACUAAUACUGCACAA